CCACUACUUCAAGGUCUCAGAGCAAGUGACGUCACCGAUUGAAACGCUAUUUAGCGUGCACCACCGCUAACUAGCUAGCCGUUUCACAUCCGUUACAUACACAGGAAGUUGAAACUUCCCGAUUCUACCACUGAAAUGAAAAUGUGCUAGUAUUAGCUUGUGGUUUGGAUAAUUGUGUUUAUGAUGAAAACGUAAUAAUGUUAAUAUAGUAAUGGCUGUAUGCCGUGGCAGAGCCAAGGUGAAAUUCCCUUUUGAUGUUAUUGUUUCCAUCAAUACUUGUGGCGAGCCGAAUCAACAACCUCUGGUUGAAGGUAUUGAAGUUUACAGUUAGCCAUUGUUAUGUAAAUGGUGCUGAAAAGUACACAGGGCCUUGCCUUGGCUCCAAGAUAGAGCUGGUCCGACAGAGCCAUGGCCCAGUGAGAUACGGGUGCCGGCCCAGGUAGAUAGAAACAGAUAAGUCUGAGACUUUUGGGUAAAACACUGGGGUACAUCCUCAUUGGAAAUGAGGCUCAAGUGUCUCCAAGUCUACAAUAUCUCAUGCAACACCAUUAUUUACAUACACAAAUAACUGGUCAUGGAACUGUAUUCAAAACAAAUUCAAAACAAUAACCACUUCAAUAGUUAAAUAAAGGUUCAAAUCAAAAAAUAUAUAAAUAAAAUAAUAGAGAAACGGCAAUAUGCAAGAUUUAAUCUCCACAGUAACAUGAACUCUCAAGAACAAAAGCACAAUAACAUUCUAGUCCUGGUAGUAAAAUACAUGUCAGUGAACCAACCUAUGUUCACUUUUUCAAAAUGGUCUUGGUCUGAAACAGGAAUGACAAAUGUAGACCUUAAAUCAUGUAUUUUUGUAACUCGAUCUUGCAACCUUUCGGUUACUAGUCCAACGCUCUAACCACUAGGCUACCUGCCGUCCCCUUGUGAAUACCCAUAAUUAAUAUCAAACAAAACAUCUACAAUUCCGGGCCAAUAUAUGACUGUAGACCUCGGUAAGAGUGAAAGUGACCAAUUAGACGUCAACGUUACUUAUUGAAAUGAGAUUUUAUCUGAUUCAAUAGUAAUUUCCAUUAAUCUGGCCAAAUACGUUUAGAUUUAAAUACGACUAGAGCCAUUUGAGAAUAGACCACUUAUAAAUUAGGUGUACAGUAUUGUGCAUUGCAUUGUGUCAAAUAAAAUAAUUCACUGUUGUAUGGUCAGACUUAAAAGACAAAAAAGGAGGCUACUUUACGUUGUAUGAUAAUUAGGGGGUGGAGAGAGACGCAGGCAGUAAAAUAUGUAUUCAACAAUGGAAUGCAAAAGCUUGAGCAAAGUGUAAAUUUGAGACAUUUCACAGAAGAAUGUUAGUCUUCUGUAGGCUAAUGACUUAAUCGAAUUAUUUUCCGAUGUUGUAGAGCAAGUAGUGUUACCCGAUUGUCUGGUGUUUUGCAACUGUUCGAGUUGGAAUUAACAUUUUACCUCGUGCGUCAGGUAGGCUACGGACUACGAAUACCUGGAGAGUGAGCGAAAGAAAUGUUUGAAAAUUAAACCGAAAAGUUGGGACCUUUUUUUCUUGUUACUGAAUAUUUGGAAUGUAGUUGUACUGUAGAAAAUGUGUACACAAUUUGUGUGCUACUGUAAAUAAAUCGAGCAGCUUUGGUUUGAUUGGCAAGACCUACGACGAGACACGAACACCUGACGCACAGUCCACCGCCGUCUACAAAUGUUUCUCCAAAUAGGCUACUCCAAUGGCAACACUUUACUCUCAUGUUUUUAAUAAUAAUGAGAUUACGAAAAUGCAUUAUUUCAUACCAUUUUGAAGCUUGUUGUUCAACUUGGAUAUAUUUUGGAACUCCCUAAGAUUGAUAUUGGGAGUGCCACUGAAUCAAGGGAUGGAGUUACCUGUCCAGGGCCAGAGCCAGUGGGGCACAGCGUGGUUGGUGCUAUGGGCAUUUGCAGUGUGUGUGAGGGGUGGGUUUGUGGAGCCUCCUCCAUCCUUCUCCCUGCGUUCCUUGACGGAGGUUGAGACGCGGCUGCCCUGUCAGUUUCAAGUUCAGGAGGAGGAGCAGGUAGUUCAGGUCAGCUGGUUCAAGGAGCUACCUGAUGGCACCAAGGAACAAAUCAUCACUGCCCACCUCACAGAGGGACACACAGAGUUUGGGCGAUACUCUGGGAGAGUGAGGUUUGAGAGCAGUAGCCCCACAGUGGACUCUGCCCUGCUCAUCAUGAACACGGAGGAGUCUUAUGAGGGGAAAUACACCUGUCACAUCAGCACAUUCCCCUAUGGGAACUUUGAGAGGCAGCUGUCACUCACUGUGUGGACCCUACCAAUCUCCUCUCUGGACCCAGUGGUUCUGGAGGAGGGCCAGUCCUUCCGCAUAGCUGCCUCCUGCCGCUCCGUGGCCCGUCCUCCACCUCGACUGACCUGGGAUACGGAUCUCCCUGGUCAGAACCAGACCCGCAGCUCCGAGGGCGGGGCCGUGUCCACCCACUUCUCCCUGCACCCCCUGAGGAGUAUGAACGGCAUGCGGCUGGACUGCCUCGUCUGGCACCCUGCUCUGGAGCAACCCCGGAGGAUCAGUAACCGCCUGGUGGUGCAAUUUCCCCCAGAUGCAGCUGUCACUGGCUAUAAUGGAAACUGGUACAUGGGACUGAAGGGAGCUGAACUCAAGUGUGAAACUGGAGGAAACCCCAAACCACAGAGCUUCACCUGGACCAGGGGUGGUAAGGCCCUGCCAGACGGUCUCACUGUGAAUGGAGCAAGGCUUCUGUUUGGCCGAGCCCUGAGACAGAAUGACACUGGAGUUUAUGAAUGUGUGGUGAACAACGGCAUUGGGACAAGGAAAGUAGAAUCGAACAUCACAGUGACAGAGAAAAUUCACAGUGUGCAGGAAACCACUGUUGACACUCUAGUGAUGAUCAUUAUAGUUGUGGCUGCUGGGGUUUUGGUCAUCGUCAUGAUCAUCAUCAUCAUCUUAGUCAACCGAUACCACAGGCGCAAAAACAGAAAAUUAGAGAUGGAGCUUAGCGAAAGAACGUUAAAAAUCAACACACUCUCCAGACAGAACUCCUCCCGGAGACUCAACUCUGUCAGCACAGACCCCAGAGGACAGAAUGAAGACUGUACACUACUCAGACUAGACAGUAGAAUGAAAAACAGCCUAAUGUCCCUUGAGGACCGUCCCAUCUACAUAGGCAGUGAAUCAUCCCUGGGUGGGAGGCGGGGGACUGUUGGAGAGGGGGAUGUGGACUACCUAGGACGCCCUGUCCUGUACCAGUCUAGCUGGCAUGAGGGCAGAGAGAGUAUGAGGGGCGCGGAGAUGGAGGGAGAGAGGGAAGAGCGCAGACGAAGGGUGGAGUCGUACCUGAAGAGAAGCAAUAUGUCCCUGGACUCUGGCCUUCCUUCCUCCCUUGUCCCCAUCAAGCCCCAGGACCAGGAUGGCAGUGUGGGGCCCACAGACAUCCCCCCAAUGCUCAGUGACCUGUGUGGCCAGAGGGAGGGGGUGACCAAAGGGGAAGACUGGGGCCACAGAAGGGCAGUGCUGGAGGUUGAUGAGGCAGACUGUGACACCAGUUCUUACCAGAUCUCAGAGGCGCUCUCCAACCACUUCCACUACAGCAACGGGUUCCUGCGGCCCAAACCACACUCCAACGCCAUCCUCCUACACCCCAGAGGACAGAUCAUCUAGACAUGAGGCUUGGCUGAAAAGGGAACUGCACUCAGCUCCACCCUAACCUAGAAGUGAGGGUUUGGCAACAUGCUCACGUUCAUUGCCAUUUGUCUUUUCUUUUUUUAUCAGCAUUGUCUUCUUGUAUGUCCUAAGUAGAGAUUGGACAAGAUUGCACCAUCACUUUGUAUCAACUAUAAACCCAGUCUUGUGUAAGCACUCUGUGAUUGUGCUAUCAUUUUAGCUAACCUUAUAGUUCGGAUAUCCAAAUAUAUCCUGACCUUGUGAGUUAGUUAUUUUCAUGUUCAUUUCAACAACAAAUCAAAAGGGCUCAAAGUUGGAUAAUUCAGAUUUUUAUUCAGACAAAUGUAUGCAUUGACAAAAGCAUGUCCAUUGUAGUGUUAGUCUGGCAUAUCUCUACAAAAACCUAAAGAUGCUGGAGAUCCUCCUCUUAAGCGUUCCUUAAAAGGUUACAAGCAGGAAGCUGUAAACCUGCAACUCUGAUCCCUCACUACAGUAUAUAAGCACCACUAGUGCAACAGUUGUGGUAGGGUCUCACUGCUCUCACUUUAUAGAAUGGGAAGACAAAAGUAACACACUGCUGCUUUCUGCAAGUGUCUUGAUGGUCUUAUCAACUCUGUUCUCAGUCAUUAGAAAAUGUUGUUCCACAAUGUUCUUAGUUGUCUAGUCAUGGUGAUAACGAUCAGUAGACAGUUUGCUUUGUGAGGCCCUGUGUACUCGCUGGUGUCUGCGGAGAUUACUCUGCUGAGCGAAACACCUCCCGCACGUGACACAGCUGUACGGUUUCUCUCCCGUAUGAAUCCGCUGAUGCAUCUCCAGGUGACCAAACCGGUCAAAGCUCUUUCCACAGAAGGAGCAAACAAACCACUUCUCUCUUGCUGGGGUUCUCCUUGGGGAUACCUUUGCGGAGUUGAAACCAUUUGAACAAUUUGGGGCAAGUGAGAAUACGUUGUUUAGCCAAACAUUGGAAUAUCCUGCACCCUCAUUGGCUAGUGUUUGUUUGUCUGAUGGCACUCUGGUAGUUGUCCCAUCCUGGGUUCUCUCUGGGUGCAUGGUUUCUCUGUGCUGUCCUGGCUGUGCCUGAGCCAAAUCUGUAGGGGUCCUUCUGUAAUUCCAAACAGACUGUGCUCGCAUCUCUUCUUUCAUAACUCUGUUAAUGUCACCCAUCUCGGACGAUGGAAUGCUUUCGAGACCCUCCACUGCACUUUGAAUGAGCUGUAUGUCUGUAUCUUGAUCCAGUGGAUAUUGUUCUGUGCACUUAUGGUAACCUGGACCCUCCGAGUCACAGUUGCGCUCUGUUAAAGACUCCCAGAGCUGAGUCUCUCUCUCAUCCACAGCAAACUCAGUUUCCUGAUGAUCUGAUCUCUCUGUGCCAUGUUCACUUACUGAUGUAUGUAGUGAAAUGACAUCAUACUCUUCCUGCUCUCUCUUCACUAACUCUAGUCCACUAUCCUUCUCUCUGUGGCCUGACCUGUUCUGUUCAAGUCCCUCUACUUCUUCUGCAGGUGGCUGUGGUCUAUUUUGAUGCAGUUGGUCGUCUUUCUCUCUGGCGUUCUGCUCAAAUGAAGUCCUUUCACCAGGAUCCUCAUCACAGCCUUUGGACCCUGAAAGGGAAGGUUUAAAGGAACUGUCACUACAACGACUGACCGCUGAAGCGCUUAGGGGGCUGGGACCAGCCUCUGCGCCAACAAUCAACGAUAGGCUGGGUGAGUCUAAACCACACCCAGUCUCUACUCUGUGACAGGCCGGCUCGGAAGCAGGAACUACCUCUGUCAGAGUAUAUUUAUAAUAUCUUUGUCAGGAACAAGUCAGUUCUCUGUUUGCCCUGGGAGGUGGGACAGAGAGCCCGUAUAUACGAAAAUUGCAUUUACCAUUUAUUGCUUGAAUUUAAUUAAAGAUAAUUAACGACA